AUGAUAAGCCACCAUUCAAUGUACUUAAGGCCUAUGCGAAUGUGGUACUAUGUCGCACUAAUUUGGAUGUGUGUAAUUAGGACCGUUCGUUUGGAUAGUACUUCAGAUGAGAGUAAUUCUGAGAUGUCGUUUUGGAGCGAGUGCAGACUAAACCAAGCAAACUCGACCAGGUCAAAUGUAAUAGAUCAAAUCGAUGAGGGCGAUCCGUCUUGGAUGGGUUUAGCUUUAGAGGGACCAAUGGCCAGGAAAAAGCAAUUAGAAGAACCUAAGGCACCCGAUAACUCCAAUAUGGAUACAGAACACCUUCUUAUGAACAACUCCAUAAAGGAUAUAGGAGGCUUUCUUAUGCGCUGUUGCUUAGUGGAGAUGAACAUAGUUAAAAUGACUGGGCCUGCCACCAUCGAGAAGCAUUGGUGGAGAAUAGCCUAUGAUGACCGGGAAAUGUCGGUGGGGUGUCUGUCUGGCAAGUACAUCCCAAUACGCCGGGAAUUAAGAUUGGACCCAAGGGUACUUCAGCCACAUUUGUGUGACAUCACCCCCAAAUACAUGCAAUAUCAUCGCAUUACAGCAUCAAACUGGACUACAAAAACUCAAUAUGAGGCACGUCUGAGGGGUUAG